CUGCCUACCAGCAGCACUCAGUGCCACAAGUCAACUUUGGCAGGACGCCUGUCAGGCUGUCAGGUGCGCACAUGGCCGCGCACACCGCCACUUCCUGCUUUGACCCGGAGAAGAGUGAUGUGCGUGCGUUUUGCUCUCAGCGUGACGGCGUCAAGUUUGACAAGUGAAACUGUCGCCGAGCAGGAGCAUCACUCACCUGCUGGCGGGACUUCAGCGAAACCGGAACCGCAGCUGCGGGAUGAGAGACGCAGGGAAGCCGGAAUACGACUUGAUGUGAGUGUUCCACCAUGGAGGAGAAGUUCAGCCGACUCAUCUUCAUCCCCAUCGCAGCCUUGCUCUGCUUCAUGAUCGUUUACCAGUACGUGUGUCCGGCGGAAAGCAACACUUGCUACUUGCGACGUGAAGACAACAAUCUUUUCGAGUACUCGUCAUCUCACUACACCGGACAGGUGGACGAGGACCUCACAAAGACCACCUUCAGGUUUAACUUCACGGAACGAGACCUGGACAGACACGUGGACUUUAACAUCCGAGGAGAUGACGUGAUGGUGUUUCUGCACAUCCAAAAGACCGGAGGGACCACGUUUGGGCGCCACUUGGUAAAAAACAUCCAGCUCGAGCAGCCAUGCGAGUGCAUGUCCGGCCAGAGGAAAUGCACGUGUCACCGGCCCGGGAAAACGGACUCGUGGCUCUUCUCCCGAUUCUCUACCGGAUGGAGUUGCGGCUUGCACGCGGACUGGACCGAACUUACGAGCUGUGUUCCUGUGGUGAUGAACAAGAGGGACAAAAAGAGUUCCCAAAAGAGAAAGAGGAAUUUCUACUACAUCACAAUGCUCCGUGACCCGGUGUCGCGCUACCUCAGCGAAUGGAAGCACGUACAGCGCGGCGCCACUUGGAAAACCGCUCUCCACAUGUGUGACGGCCGCCCUCCCACUCAGGAUGAACUCCCCGCCUGCUACAGCGGUGAAGACUGGACCGGUGUGCCCCUGGUGGACUUCAUGAACUGCCCCUCCAACCUGGCCAACAAUCGACAGGUACGCAUGCUGGCGGACCUCAGCCUGGUGGGCUGCUACAAUAUGUCGUCCAUGAAUGAGCUGGAAAGAGGCCGCGUGCUGCUUGCCAGCGCCAAGGCUAACCUUCGCAACAUGGCGUUCUACGGUCUGACCGAGUUCCAGCGAAAGACGCAACACUUAUUCGAGCGGACAUUCGGUCUCCGCUUCAUCCGGCCCUUCACGCAGAUCAACAGCACACGUGCUGCUAGCGUGGGAAUCAGCGAGAAGGUUCAGUGGCGCAUCGAGGGUCUCAACGCCCUCGAUGUGGAGCUCUACGAGUAUGCCAAAGAUCUCUUCCUGCAGCGCUACCAAUACAACCGACAAAAGCAGCAUCAAGAGGAGCGUCUUCGGCGGCGGCAAGAGAAGCAGCGUCUGCACAGGACCUACCUGGCAGAACUGCUGAGAUUUGGAAGCGAGCAGGAGGAAGAGGAGGUGAAGGUGGUCGCCACGACAGAGGACUACAGCAGUCAGGUGGUGAGAUGGUGAGGAGGACACAGCACAGACGCUCCUCCUUCUUCUGUCCAUCUACCAAAUUCUGUCAGCUCUAAUUGUUGGCCUACUCAACAGUGUCUUAAUAUUUAUGAUUGUAACAUUUUCUAUGUAUUUGUUUCCUAUGGCUAUUUUGGAACUGCAGUUGUGAAACGUGUUGAGCGCAGCCAAAUGUUUGCAGUUUUGGACCAUUUUUAAAUUAAAGAUCUCAUGUUGUGUCAUGUUCUAGCACCGUGUUGACCAUUAGAAUAUUGUGCUUACUUUGUGGCUCGGUCAGAAAAAUCAAAAAACAAACUUGACUGCAGGUUUUCUUUCCUCCGACCAACAAUCAACGCUUGGAUGAAAUCCCGUCUAUAAAAAUAUGCAGCAUACUGUGAUGUAACUAUAUUCUUGAUUAAUUUUUUUUUUUCGCCAAAAAAUAGCUCCAAAGCUGUGAGAAACAUUGUGUCACAUUUACACAUUAGGAAAACAAUUGAUGUGAUGUAGCACACUGAUUUUUGUACAUUAUUGCUCCGAGAUUACAGCACCGCGGGUAUAAUAACUUUCUGUACACAGAUAGAAGAAAGUCCAAGUUACACAAAUGGAAGGCUGAUAAGGGACCUAAACUAAAAUAAAAAUACAAAUCCUCUAAUGUAUGUAUGUAUGUACUAUGGUGUUUUAUUUGUGACCAGGUUUGCAGCAAUACACUGGUGUGCUUUUACAGCAGAUUAUCAUCACAGCUAAAUCAUUACCUUUAAUUAGCACCAGUGUUGUCUGCAUAUUAAAUGCGGGGGAGUAAAUUGAUCAUAUUUGCUGACUGCUGAGAAGAAGACAUUACAGGUAGUGUUCAAAGGCUCGAAACUCGAAACUUUUAGAUCAUUGAGCUAAAUUAUUUUCAUUCAUUCAUUCAUUCAUUUUCUACCGCUUUUUCCUGCUGGAGCCUAUCCCAGCUGUCUUCGGGCGAGAUGCGGGGUACACCCUGGACUGGUCGCCAGCCAAUCACAGGGCACAUAUAGACAAACAACCAUUCACACUCACAUUCAUACCUAUGGACAAUUUGGAGUCGCCAAUUAACCUAGCAUGUUUUUGGAAUGUGGGAGGAAACCGGAGUACCCGGACAAAACCCACGCAUGCACGGGGAGAACAUGCAAACUCCACACAGAGAUGGCCGAGGGUGGAAUUGAACCCUAGCUGUGUAGUCUGCGCGCUAACCACUAGACCGCUGUGCCGCCCUAAAUUAUUUUCAGAUAAUUGAAAAAUAUGUAUAAAUGAAUUUUAUAGGAGGGAGUAUUAGGGUGCAAUUACAGGAACAACCUAGAACAGGUUUAUGCUUGUAGUAUUAAAAAUUGAGUAUUAUCUGAUGCCAAUAUCAAAUCAAUACCAUAUCGGUACAAUUAAUUUAUGAGUUAUUUUAGACUCAGACUUAGACUUUAUUGAUCCACAAGUGAAAUUGCUUGGUUACAGUAGCUCCAUUGCAGAGGAAAAAAAAAAGACAAAAACGCUGAAAUAAAAUGCAAUGCAAUAUCUAUAAAAUAUAAUCAAAGCAAAAUAUAAAUGUCAUUUACAAAUUGUGUGUACAAAUAUGGUAAAUACAAGUAACACUUUUAGGUAUUGUAGAGCUGGAUGGCGUUUGGAAGGAAUGAAGUUCUGUAGCGUUCACUGUGGGAAUGGAACCGGAGGAGUCUGGUGGAGAAUUAGCUCGGCUGCCCCUCCAUUGUUGUUAUUAUUGUCUAUUGCUACGGAUGCAACACCGGUUCUGUGUCACCAUUGGGGGGGGGUGGGGCGUGUUGUCAAACUUUUACAUCACUGUUGGUUCUUAUUACUUUUUAAGUGUGGCUUGUAUCAAAGUUAUAUUUAUUAUUUUGAUUUAAACCGGAAAAGAUUAAAGAAAAGAACAUCGCAAGCUUUGAUGUAAGCGCUGAAGAUCGGUGUUUAGUUUGUUGUUGUGUCUAUAUUUUCACCACACACAAAAAGCACAACGUAUAACAGGUCGUUAGGUAAUGUAAGGUCGUUAAUGUAAAUCAGGAAGAGUAAUGGUCCUAAAAUACUCCCCUAAGGCCCCCCCAUGUGAUAUUGUUGUACCAAUUUUUACAAGCUGCUUCUUAGAUAUGAUGAAAACAUGUCUAUUGCAGAAGAAGACAAAUGAAAAGAAAUGAGUUUGUUCAACAAAAUACUAUGUUAGCUACAGUAAUAUGUCCCAUCUGUUCAGUGAAUGAAAGCAAUGCUGACAUGCUUGACCAAAACGGUCUAAAACCAAGCAGUGUAUUGUCUUUAUGGUAUUGGAUUGCUUGAUUAUAUCAUAUUUUAUCAAGUACCUUAGAGACUUUUGGGAGAAUUGAAAUUGGUCGAUAAUUGGGGACGUUACUUGGAUUAUCUGAUUUAUGAACCGGGGUAAUCUGAGCAGUUUUCCAAAUAAUAGAACUGUCGCAUGUACAGAUUCACUGUGCAAGUGAUGGAAAGGUAGUAUGAGAGUACAAGCAUGGGUUUUCCAAAAAAUUAUGUUUAUAUUGUUUAUAUCGCAGGCACGUUGUGAGAUCUCAGAAAAGAAAACUGCUGAGAUGAAUUUAGUAGUAUUGGGAAUAAAUUGGUACAUUUCGAGGAUAACUCUUGUUAUGAGAUAUACUACUCAUUAUUACUGAAAUUGUUAUUUUACAAAUUAUUUUCACCAGUUAAAGAUUUUAUAGUUCGCCAUAGAGAGUUUGGGUUGGAAGCAGCAAAUUUUGCUAAUUUUUGCUUUGAAAAUAAAGCAGUUUGGCUCUGCUUACUUCAGUGGUAGAUUUGUUUCUGUAUUGAUUUAAAAUCAACUUAUUCUCUGAUAUCGGAUUGACACAUUGUGAUCAAUAUUGGAUCGUGACACCCCAUUGCUAUUGUCAUAGCAUUUUUUUUUUUGUUUUUAGUGUAUAACCCAAAUUCUCCUUCUAUUUCACAGGUCAACAUGGUGCUAUCUACUGUGCCAUUAUUGCGUAAAUAAAUGUCAUUACACAUAUGGCAAUGAAACAUGUGAUGCAUAGAAAAACUGCUUAAAUUGCAAUAGAAAAUACUACCUUGUUUGUCAUGUGAAAGCCAAAAAUAAAGGUCUUUCUUCCCUGAAUGUUGCUGAAAUCUAUUGGGAGACAUCACCAGGG